AUGCAUCUCCCACGCCUCCCGGUCCUCCUCACGCUCCUCACACUCGUCUUCCCAUCUACAAUCCUCGCACAAGUAGCCAACGAGACAAUCACGCCCGAGAACUCAGUCAAUGCGAAGAUCUCGCCCGGCAACUCGAAGUACGAGUACGUAGGCUGCUACUCCGAGACGACGCUCAACAACGGCACGAAUGGCAUGCGGACAUUGAACAGCGGCAAGACGGAGAGUGUGGAUACCAUGACGGUAGAGAGCUGUUUGGAUUACUGUAACAAAGAUGGAUAUGAGUUUGCUGGGCUGGAGUAUACGAAGUACGUUCGGGCUUUUUGCGUUCCUUCCUCCCUGCCUACACGCCUCAUUCGUGUAAUCCUCUGCUGUCAGUUGUAA